AGAAUGGACAGAUACAGGGGACCCCAUUUCCCUCCACUCUGCAACAUGCACAACAAAUACACACAUCCAUUCUUCUUCUAACUCAUAAUCUAAAUCUCUCUCUCUCUCUCUCUCUCUCUCUCUCUCUCAGAGACAGACACAAGGCUUCAUAUUCAGUGCUUGAGUUGGGGUUGCUGGCGCACACUAAGCAUGCCGACGACACCAACGAGAAGUCGGUGCUCGAAGAGAGAUGCUAACAGAGGAGCAUGGACUUCAGAAGAAGACCAAAAGCUAGCUCAAGUUAUAGAAACCCAUGGCCCGAGAAGGUGGAAGCUAGUUGCAGCUAAAGCAGGCCUCAACAGAUGUGGGAAGAGUUGCAGAUUAAGAUGGCUGAAUUAUCUGAGACCCAAUAUCAAGAGAGGCAAUAUCUCAGACCAAGAAGAGGACUUAAUUCUCAGGCUUCACAAACUCCUAGGAAACAGGUGGUCUUUAAUAGCUGGAAGGCUACCGGGUCGUACAGAUAAUGAGAUCAAGAACUACUGGAACUCUCGUCUGAGCAAAAAGAUAAAGCAGAAGGAGAGUCAAAGCAAAUUCCUCGAGCCAGAUCAAUCUCAGGACCCGAGGAAUAAUCCGUCGGCGAUGCAUAGCGUGGCGGACAACCAUGGGGGAACAUCGAAGAGAGAGGAAGAGAUGAAAAGCGACGUCUCUAGGGAUGACUUCCUUGACAACUUCAACGAGGGUCCUCUCAACUUGGAGUGGAUGAGCAAAUUCUUGGAAGUGGACGAGAGCUGGUUUUGAUUUGCUUUAAAAUGUAGAUUUUCUUCUUUUCCUCCUGAUUUAUGAUGAGCAAUGAUUGGGAAGUCCAGCAUUUAGAUCCUACCACCCCAUAAUGGUAUAGUACUUUUCAGGCAGGGAAUGAUAGUUUUUGGAGGGAAUUCUGGGGAAAUUGCCAGGAAUGUCACUCUUUUGCUGAUGUACCUUGGCAAAUCUUGCAUAUUUACUCAAACUUGGUGUUUAAAAGCGUGAGGUUGGAUCAUUUCUUAUCUUUUGGAAGAACUCCUUGCUCUAGAAUAUGACAUAAUAUAUUGGCAUAUGUUGAUUA